CGUGGUCGCGUGUAUUCUUCGGCUGUUUUUUGACUAGUAAUUCUUCAAUUGGAUUGUCAUGUUCCGACUGAAACUCCUCAUUCCCAUCGCGAAAGUAACAAGGUUACUGCAGAUCGAAGCUCGCAGCAGAGUCCGCUUUCAAGCCUACAGCAAAGAGGCAUUUCGGCAACUUCUCCAACGUGGUGUCAUUCAAGAGGUUUUUCCUCCUGAAAAUGACGAAGUCGGCAAGCUUUUCUCCUCGAAGCAAUGCGUCUACUGCGGCUUCGACCCCACCUCCGACUCUUUGCACGUCGGGAACCUCCUCGCCAUUGUCCUCAUGAUCCACAUGCAGAGGAUGGGCCACAAUGUCAUUGCUGUGAUCGGCGACUCCACGGCCCAAAUCGGCGACCCGAGCGGUCGCCUCACGGAGAGGGACAAGAUGGCAGACGACGCCAUCGAAAGGAACGUCGCGGGGAUCCGGGACAACUUAGAGACAAUCUUCAUUAACCACGAAGAACAUUUCUGGAAAGAUGGUGCUUGCAAGCCCAGCGGCGAACUGGGUCUGCUACGGAUAGUCCGCAACUCGGACUGGUACAACGGACAGGGCGUCAUCCCAUUCCUUGGUACUGUUGGGAGGCACUUCAGGCUGGGCAAGAUGAUGUGCCGCACAAGCGUCCAGCAGCGCAUACGGUCGGGAGAGGGCAUCAGCUUCACCGAGUUCUCCUACCAGAUGUUCCAGUCCUAUGACUGGCUCUACCUGUACGACAAGUACAAGUGCCGCUUCCAGAUUGGCGGCGGUGACCAACUGGGCAACAUCGACUCUGGCCAUGACCUGCUGCGAAGAACGCGAACGCAGACUGCUUACGGUAUUCUGGUGCCCCUGAUUACCGCCGAGACCGGUGACAAGUACGGCAAGUCGGCUGGGAAUGCGGUCUGGCUGAAUCCGAGAAAGACGUCGCCAUACGAGCUUUACCAGUUCUUCAUGCGGCUUACGGACACCGAAGCGGUCAAGUUCCUCCGACUCUUCACCUUCGCCGAGCAGACAGAACUGGACAACCUUAUUGAAGCUCAGAUGAAAAGUCCAGAAAAGAGGGUGGCCCAGAAGAGACUGGCUCGGGAUAUGACGCUCCUUGUCCACGGAGAGAGGGGCCUGAGCCUGGCACAGAACGCGACCGAGAUACUGUUUGGCGGAUCGCGGGCGGACGAGACCCUUCACAGGCUGGACGAGGAAGAGCUUCGGCUCAUCUUCGGCGACGCCGGAUUCGUCCAGCUGGCUCCAGAACCAGGAACGACCGUGCUGGACAUGGCCAUGAAAGCCAGGCUUUUCCCGAGCAAAGAGGACGCUGUGCGCAUCAUCAGCGCCGGUGGCUUCUACAUUAACCAGCAUCGCGUCAACGCUCCCAGUCACGUCAUCGUGCCUGGCGUCCACGUCUUGCCGAACAAAAUCACCUUGGCCCGAGUUGGGAAAAAGAACUACUACCUCAUCAAAUGGAUUUCCUGAUAAUGUGAGGCGGCAGUA